AUGACGGUGAAAUCGUGCUACAUCAACCAGCUCUCCACUUCUAUUGCCAUCACUUCUACCAUUCCCCGACUUAACAACAAGACAUACAUCGUCAACAUGCCACAGAUCCCAACAGAACAAUGGGCGCAAGUCAUCGAGAAGACCGGCGGUCCCGUUGAGUACAAGAAGAUUCCCGUCCAGAAGCCCGGUCCCGAUGAGGUUCUCGUCAACAUCAAAUACUCUGGUGUAUGCCACACUGAUCUACACGCUGUCAACGGCGAUUGGCCUCUGGCUACGAAGCUACCUCUCGUCGGUGGCCACGAAGGUGCUGGUGUUGUAGUUGCACGAGGAGAGCUUGUCAACGACGUUGAGAUUGGAGACUAUGCAGGCGUCAAGUGGCUCAACGGUUCAUGCUUGGCCUGCGACUUCUGCCAGCAAGCGGAUGAGCCCCUGUGCCCGAAGCCUCUUCUCUCUGGAUACACUGUCGAUGGUACCUUCCAGCAAUACUGCAUCGCCAAAGCCGCCCAUGUAGCACGUAUCCCCAAGGAAUGCGACCUUGCUGCUAUUGCUCCUGUCCUCUGCGCUGGUAUCACUGUCUACAAGGGCCUCAAAGAGUCCGGCGUCAAGCCUGGACAGUGGGCUGCUAUCGUUGGUGCCGGAGGCGGUCUAGGUUCUCUUGCUUGCCAGUACGCAAAGGCUAUGGGUGUACGAACCAUCGCUAUCGACACCGGUGAUGAGAAGAGGAAGAUGUGCACCCAGGACCUUGGUGCCGAGGCUUUCGUCGACUUCUCCACAUCAAAGAACCUCGUUGCAGACGUACAGAAGGCAACACCCGAUGGCCUUGGCCCGCAUGUCGUCAUCCUUGUCGCUGUCAACGAGAAGCCGUUCCAGCAAGCUGCUGAGUACGUCCGACCCCGUGGUACCGUCAUCUGCAUUGGUCUUCCAGCUGGUGCCUACCUGAGGGCGCCCGUUUUCGAGACCGUCAUCAAGAUGAUCAGGAUCCAGGGUUCGUAUGUCGGUAACCGCAAGGACAGUUCAGAGGCCAUCGAGUUCUUCCGUCGUGGCUUGAUCAAGGCUCCGUACAAGAUCGUUGGUCUAUCCGAAUUGCAGAUGGUCUACGACAAGAUGCACCAGGGCGCCAUUGUUGGACGCUACGUCUUGGACACAUCGAAGUAAACACAGUGUGAUGAUGAUGAUUCAUGAGGAUGGAGGAAGGGACUGUAUAUAAUGGUCGAUGAUCCAACACAAUGAGUUAAAGAUGAUAUGUCACCACUAUUUCCUGGUGCAAUAUAGACAAACAUGUCUGCUCGUUUGAUCAUGCAUGUGUACACUUGGUCAACAUAAAA